AUGUCGGUGAAGGAGUGCCACCACCACAAGGGAAAGAAGCACAAGGUCUUGAAACGCAUAUUCUGGGGCAUAGUGAUCUUCGCGUUCAUCGUGUUGGUGACAGUUCUCAUAAUCUGGGCGAUUCUGAAGCCUUCAAAGCCAACCUUCAUCCUCCAAGACGUCACCGUAUUCGGGUUCAACGCCACCAUCCCGAACCUCCUAACCUCAAGCUUUCAGGUGACGCUGUCCUCGCGCAACCCCAACGACAAUAUCGGCAUCUACUACGACCGUCUCAGCACCUACGUCACCUACAGGAACCAGCAAGUCACCUACCGGACCUCAAUCCCUCCCGCCUACCAAGGUCACAAGGAAGAAGACGUGUGGUCCCCAUUCGUCUAUGGCAACGACGUCCCCGUCGCACCCUACAACUUCCUUGGCCUCAGUCAAGACCAGUCUAACGGCAACGUCCUCGUCAUCGUUAAAAUUGACGGUAAAGUCCGAUGGAAGGUCGGUGCCUUCGUCUCCGGCCACUACAACCUCUACGUAAGGUGCCCUGCGUUUAUAACCUUUGGCCCUCGAAGCACCGGGAUCGCUCUUAGCAAUAACGCCGUUAAGUAUCAACUGGUUCAGCGCUGCACCGUCGGGGGUAUGUUCACGUUCCUUCCACAUGGAAUGAUGGUGGUGAUUGUCUUUUCCCAGUCCCCUUUACCUAACUUGCCUACUACUGAUGUGGUGAAGAAUGUUCCUUCCUGUUUGUUGUUGCGGGCAAUCAAGAUCAAACUUUGCCCCAGUCAAUACAAAUCCGCUGUUGAUUGA